CACAUGUUUUUCAACCUACCCAGCUGCUUCAUGUUAGGGUUGAAGGAGACGCACGUGACUGCGUCUCUGUGGCCCUUGAAGUGACGCUCGAGCGUCGGAUCCUCCUGCAAAGGAAAGAGGUCUCUCCAGAUAGUGCAGGAACACGCCUGACUUCAGUUCAAACUUCCCGCCUCAUUCUUUAGUCCGCAAAAGUGGGCGGAGAUAUCCGGAGAUCACGUUCUGUUCAAGAUGUCUUCUUUGCUGGAAAAGGCCCGCAACCUGGUGCAGAUCUACGCCGGGAAGCAGCUGCACAACACGGCCAUCUUCUGGGCCGACAAGGCCCUCUCUCUUUCUGCGGGAGAUGCCGGCGAUCUCGCCACGCUAGCUUCCCUCUUGCACGCCGACGGGCAGCACCGCCGAGCUGUGCACGCCCUCCUAUCCUCCCCGCACCUUCUCUCUCGCAGUACCGGGCUCCGCUACCUGGCCGCCAAGUGCUACGUCUCCCUCCAGGAGUGGGAGGAGGCACUGCUCGUUCUGAAAAUACCGGACGAGGAGGAGGAAGAUGAAGAUGCAGAACUGGCUGACUCGGCGCACUGUUCACAGUUGGGUGACGUUACAGCUGCUUCGCUCAUGCUACAGGGACGAGCUCACGAGGGCCUGGGGAGCCUACAGGAUGCAGUUGUGUGUUGCAAAGAAGCGUUGCGGACGGACGUCUACUGCAGUGAAGCUCUAGACUGGCUCUGCGAUCACCACGCACUGAGCGGAGACGACGAGAAGGCCCUUCUCUCCGAGCUACCAUUCAAGAAACAGUGCUCGACCGAGGAGGAGCGGAUGCUGCGAGUUCUCUACAUGGCAAAACUGAGGCACAACAAAUCUACCGAUGUCCGCGCCACUUGCGUCAAAGACCCCAAUCUGAAACCUCUCGCGGAAAACUCUGACGUAGUUUGGAGCACCGCUCAUCGGCUUUUCAAGAGCAGGAAUAUCCACGCGUGCUACGAGCUGACGGCGCGGGAACUGCAGAAGGACCCCUUCCAUCCCUCGCUGCUCCAGCUGACACGUCCUCUGUUGUGUGGAGAAGAAGAAAACGGCAGAGCUUUUUUCCCUCGGGCACAAACUAGUCGGAAACUUUCCCUCGUCUCCUCUUGCUUGGUUCACGGUCAGCUGCUACUACCUCACCUUACAGAACCACCAGAACGCGAGGAAGUACCUCACAAAGGCUCUGAAUCUCGACGGAAACUUUGCACCCGCACACCUCGCGUUUGGCGUGUCGUUUGCGACCGAGGGCGAGCACGAUCAGGCGAUUUCGGCCUUCUCCAAGGCCGCGAGAACCAUGAGAGGAUCGCACGUCCCUCUCAUGCACCUCGGUCGGGAGUAUUACGUCACAGGAUCGACUGCUACAGCCGUAAAAUUCAUGAAAAAUGCUCUCUCGAUCUCCCCCUCUGACCCUUCUCUCCUACAAGAAGUCGGAGUGAUGCUUGCAGACGCAGGGAGCAAAGAAAGGGCGGCAAAGUAUUUACUUCAAGCACUCGCCUACCUUCAUGUGGCUGACCCUCACAUGACGCUAAGAGAUUGGGAACCGGUGUACAACAAUUUAGGCCACGUGUACCGCAAGCUGGGCAAGCUUGACGAAUCGCUCGAGAUGCACCAUCGAGCGCUCAGCCUCAGCCCAAAAGAGCCCACUACGCUCACAUCAAUUGCAUUUGUCCAUCUUCUCAAAGGCGAUUGCGAAACUGCCAUCGACUAUUGCAGCCGCAGUCUUCAAGUUAGGAGAGAAGAUCCGUUCACGAUCGAAGUGUUGAAGUCUGCGAGCGAGGAGCUGGUGUCAGCUCCUCUGGUCCUGGGCUCUGUGUCUGGGAACGAAAGUCUGGAUUCUCUGGAACCGGAGAAUGAGAUUCUGGAAUGGGGGCAGCAGCAGAGGACUAGAGAGGAAAUGCAGACUACAUAGCUAUAUUAUAGACUCGACUUCCGCUCUGAAUUUGUACGAAAUUGAAUAUCAUGUCAUACAAACUCAAAUCCAUAAAAUCGUCAUUCUCCUAAACACAAAGCUACAUAACUUAAGUUUUGAAAAGCUCACAGACACACACACAAACAUGCAUUAAACGUGAUUUGAGAUGAUGAUACAUAAUUAAUUAUACACAAAAGCAAUUAACAUGGUAACAUUGCGAUAGUGUGCUUAUGUGGCCAACACAACCACUAGGUAUGGGAGGGAAGGGAGUGGGGGGCACAUAAAAAAAUUUUGGACCAAGAUGGAUGAGAGAAGAGAUGAAGAGAUGGAGAAAGAAGUAAGAGACAAACACAUGAAGAGAGAGAGAGAGAGAGAGAGAGAGAGUGAGUGAGUCACAAAUAGUAAGAACCAGAAAGGAGAAGAGGAAGUAAGGAUUUAAGGAUUUCCUAUAUACAUCAAUCCCACUCUUCAUCAUCAUCAACGUCAUCAAACUCUUCUCCGAAUCG